UAAUUUUGCAUAUUUUACUAUCCGUGUAGUAGAUCCUUAUCCUUAUCAGAGUAGCCUGGCGAUAUGACAUUUUGUACAACCAUGUUCCUGUCAAACAUUAUCACUUAUUUCUUAUUAAUAUUCAUCAGCAUACUGAUAAUAAUAACUAUAAUUAUUAUUGCACAUGGAAUUCAAGCCUAGGAGGAUUUAUUGAUUAGACUUUAAUAUAAAGAUCUUUAUGACGAUUAAAUACACUAUUAUAUAAAGCAAAAAAAAUCUUUUGUCACUUUAAGUAAGUUUGAUCCCCAAAAUGUCGGCGAAACUAAAUAAGGAACUCAAUUUCGUUAAACUUCAAUUGAAGUUUAGCAGGCUGGGCAACUGCUUAAAAGUGUGUUUCGGCACUUUUCUAUAAGUUGACAAUUCUGACGCUCUCAUCAUUCGUCAACAAAAACAAAAGAAUACAAAAGUCAAAUCAACAAAAUUGUCCCCUGUCUGAUUUUAAUUAUUUUAGAAAAAUUAAAAAAAAAAUAAUAAUGCCAACAAAAAUGGGAGAUGCUCUACUAGCUGACGAGGAGGAACAACAAGUGAAACAAUUAAAACGACGUUUGGAAGGUUGGCGUGAGAUGGUUAUAUUGAUAAAUUCGAUAUUAAUUUGGAAAAAGAAAUGGUACCCAGGGUUAAUUGUAGGAAUUACCUCUACCUUAUUUAUAAUUCUGUAUACUGCAAAUCCUUCAGUUCUAACAACUGUUGCUAUUUGUGGAUUAGCAUUAACGUUAUUUGAUUAUUUUGUACCUUUGAUAUCAUCAACUAUGUGCCCAUCGGACUCUUGGACAACCAACAAAGAGAAACAACUGGAUUUGAUAUGCCAAGAAAUUGUCACAGUAUAUAACAAGACAAUUCGCACCAUAGUAGCAUUGAAUAAAAUGAGAAAUGCUAAACCCAUUGCUUAUUAUAGCGUUGUCAUAGUUGCGUGUGUCUCAAUGGCUUGGAUUGGGAAUCUGAUCAAUAAUCUCUUUUUGACAUAUGUUCUAUUAACUAGUGCAUUAUUGUUUCCUGGAAUCAAAGCAAAUGGCACUAUGACAAAAUACUCAAAUCACAUGAUGUCCUAUGCCCAAAACUCAUUUAAUCAAAGACUACAUUCCAGGGUCGAUAAGAAGGAUUAAUACUAUAAAUAGGAUACAUUCUUAAAAUUUGAUACAUGCGCCCUCUAGUUUAAUAUUUAUUUUACAUUGUGAUAUUUAUUUAUUUAUUGGUCAUGUACUUAUUUUGAAAUUUUUUUACUGGUAUUAUCU